AUGUAAAAACCAAAAAUGAUAGAAAAUGAAAAAGAUUUUUGUUGCUCUAAAGGGCAUAAGCUACCAGUCGUUACAAUAGCACUAGAUCCAAAAUUAUCAAGGAAUUAAAGACUCUUGUGCACAGAAUGUUUAUAAAAUGCAGACAUAAACGGCAAAGCUGUUGGAUUAAAGAAAAUGAUUUAAAUAGUUGAAGAAAAUUAAGUAAAGAAGAUGGAAAAAGUGGAAAAUAUCAUAACGAAUUAAAUAAAAUUAAUUGAAUCAUUACAUAGUGUAGUUGAUCAAAUGAAAUCACUUGUAAUGUAAUAAUUAAAUUAAUUGAUUACUAUAAUUAUUGAAUGGAUUCAGAAUCUAUAAUAACAGCGAUCAUAAUGUUCUCAAUAUAGUUUUUUUGAGGAAUUAGAAUUUAUAGUUUUGAAGUCAAAUUAAACUGAUUCCUAUAUAUAUAUUUAAGAUAUUUGGAAAACCAAUCUCUGUUAAACUUCAAAAUUGAAUCUUAAAUUAGAAUAAUUUAAAUAAUUUGAUGCAUAUAAUUAAUGUCAAAAACUGUUGUUGAGUUUAGAAUUAGGUUCUCAUAAAUCUAUACAAAAUGAUUAAUAAUAAUAAAUCAAUAUAAAAAAUAUGAAUUAAGAAAUAUAAUCAGUAAAUACUAAAACGAAUAUUCCACUAUCAUAAACUAAUUAAUCUAGUAAUCAAUUGAAUGUCAAACCUUUCAAUUAUUAACUAAUCCAAGAAUGUUCAAUUUCAUAAAGUGAUUGGUGUUUAGCUAUAGCUAUUGAUAAAGAUUGUUCAACAUUGAUGGCUGGAUGUCAUUCACUAAUUAAAGUAUUUGAAUUCAAAUAAGGAAUGAUCAAAUUUAUUUAAACUUUAAAUUAACAUAAGGAUUGGGUAAGUACUUUAAACUUCAUGCAGAAAUCUAAAUAGUUUAUAUCUGGAAGUUUUGAUAAUUCUAUAAUAAUAUGGAAAUAGAAUUUAAAUAAUUAAUGGAGUUAUUAAUAAAUAUUAAAUGGACAUAAUCAUACUAUCUCAUGCUUAAUAAUAAAUACUAAUGAAGAUUUGAUAAUAUCAGGAAGUGAUGAUUGUACUCUUAAAUUUUGGAUAAAUAAGAAUGAAUGGUUGUGUUAAUAAACUAUAAAUGAUCAUUCUAAAGAAGUAUAUGGAUUAAGCUUGAAUUCAUAAUAAAAUAGAGUUGUAUCAUGUGGAUAUGAUUAAUAUAUAUUAAUAAUAGAAUAAUCAGAAUAGAAUAAAGAAUGGAAAGUAAUAUAAAAGAUUACAAUUGAUAAUUAUGGAUAUCGAGUAUGCUUUAUUGAUAAUAAUAUGUUCACAUUUACACCAAAUAGUAAAGAAUAGAUAUAUGUUUAUGAGAUGAAUAAUAAAAAUAAAUAAUUUACUAAAACUAGAGAUAUUUCGAUAAAAAGUGGAAUAGACAACAAUUAAAGAUUUCCUUAACAAUAUAUAAAUAAAAAAAGUAUUCUUGUAAGUAAAAAUGGAGAAUACGUUAAUUUGAUUAGCAAAAAAUAAAAUGGAGAGUUUUUAACUGAAUAAUCUAUUCAUUUUGGAAUUCAUUGUUUAUAUGGAACAAUGAGUAAUGACGGAGAGUAUUUGAUAACAUGGGAUAAUAAAUCAAAGUAAAUACAAAUUAGGAGAUAUAAAGAAUAAUGA